GCGCCUAGCCCUUCUCUAGGAAGCUCUGUUUUGUUAGAUUUUCCUUUUAAAGGUUUAAUUUUUUGAAAAUUUUCUUCUCGCUGUAAUUUUGGUUUAGAUUUUGAUUUUAUCAGAGCCAUUUUAGAGGGUUAGGAGGUGUGGGUGUUAGCUUUGUUGUUGGCGUCUCUCACCUGUGUUAUAUACCGCCAUUUCUCGCUCCAAUUUUCGAUCGAUCACAAUUCAAAAAGCUUACUUCGAUUCUACUGAUCGCCGUCGUUCUGUCUACAGUUGAUUGUGAAUUUAUGAGGAUUUGCGGCUUUAGGGUUUUGAUUUGGUUAUUUGUUCUUGAAAUACAGGUUUAAAGGUAUCAAUAAAGAGCAAAUCUAUAGUUUUUAGGUUAGGUUUAUAGAAGUGUAGAGUAGUUGAUUUUUGUGAGAGAUGGAUAAGAAGAAAGUGGCUAUUCCUCUUGUUUGCCAUGGCCAUUCUCGACCGGUCGUGGAUCUAUCUUAUAGCCCUGUUACGCCGGAUGGAUUCUUCCUCAUCAGUGCCAGCAAGGAUUCCAAUCCCAUGCUCAGAAAUGGAGAAACUGGCGAUUGGAUUGGUACAUUUGAAGGUCACAAAGGCGCAGUUUGGAGUUGUUGCCUGGAUACCAAUGCCUUACGUGCUGCCACUGGUUCUGCUGAUUUUUCAGCGAAAGUAUGGGAUGCAUUAACUGGACAUGUACUGCACUCAUUUGAGCACAAGCAUAUUGUCCGUGCCUGUGCCUUUUCGGAGGAUACACACCUUCUAUUGACUGGUGGUCUGGAGAAAGUACUACGAAUAUAUGAUUUGAAUCGUCCAGAUGCGCCUCCAAGAGAAGUGGAUAAAUCCCCCGGUUCAGUCAGAACUGUUACAUGGCUUCACAGUGAUCAAACAAUAUUAAGUUCUUGCACUGACAUGGGAGGUGUCAGAUUAUGGGAUGUAAGAAGUGGCCAAAUAGUUCAAACACUUGAAACCAAGUCAUCAGUGACCAGUGCAGAAGUAAGUCAGGAUGGACGGUAUAUAACAACUGCUGAUGGAUCUACGGUUAAAUUUUGGGAUGCAAAUCACUUUGGCUUAGUCAAGAGCUACAAUAUGCCUUGCAAUGUAGAAUCCGCUUCGUUGGAACCAAAGUAUGGGAUGAAGUUCAUAGCGGGUGGAGAGGAUAUGUGGAUCCAUGUAUUUGAUUUUCAUACUGGUGAUGAGAUUGCAUGUAACAAGGGUCAUCAUGGACCUGUACAUUGCUUGCGCUUUGCACCCGGAGGAGAAUCCUAUGCCUCUGGAUCUGAGGAUGGAACCAUUAGGAUAUGGCAGACUGGUCCUUUAACACAUGACGACUCAGAUGAAGCUUUGGUCAAUGGAUCUAUGGGAAAAGUAAAGGUAAGUGCAGACGAGGUCUCACGCAAGAUCGAGGGGUUCAGUAUCGCAGACGAUGGAAAGUCCAGAGAGAAGGAGAAGGUAGAGGCGGGAAAUGAGUGAAACCGUCUCUCCAAUGCUCGACGGGAAAGCCAGCACAGCAGAGCGUUGAGCUUAUAUCCUAUCCUAUACAGGUUCAUCUUUUGUGAGAUAUGGACUUUGCUGAUUUUUUGUAUACACUUUUAGUCAAUUCUGCAGAUAUGGGUGUGAACUUGUCAUCUCAAUUGAACACGUUUUCGUUAUGGCGUUGUCUCGUGCUUUAGAUCUUUAACCACUGUCAUUGUAGUAGCAAAGACCACGUUGAAGAACAAUUACAUGAACAGUUUCUACUCGUCUAAUUAAGCUAUAAUAAAAUCGACAUCGUCCAAGAUUAA